GUGUUGUCAAUUUUUGUACGAAUUUUAAAACGACGACAGCGACUAUCUGUUAGUCCCAGAUUAUAGCCCGCGAAACAUUACAAACAAAUAAUACGAAUCAAAACAGCAGUAAACCGGUUUUGUUUGAAUCAUCGGACAGAAAGAGAACAUCAAUAAAUUUCUUUUGGAAGUGAACAAUGUGGUUACAGUCAUUUUUAUUUGUUUUAACAAUUAUCAAUCUAAUAAUAGCCGAUGUUGGCGAUGAAUGUGUACCCAAUAGGCAGAUAUCUGACGGUAUUUGUACUCUAAUCAGCAACUGUGAGGUGGCAAUAAGAUCGAUUAAAAAUAAAAAUCAUCAUUCAUUUGAAAGAUGCGGUUUUAGUGGUCUGACUGAAAUUGUAUGUUGUCCUCGUACUACUGAUAAAUUUGGACCACAAUCACCACAUAAUACUAGAAAUUCACAAAGGAUAGCUGAUAGAGAAUGCGCUAAAAUAUUGAAAUCGAAUAUUGUUCCACUAGAACAAUAUAUAAUAGGCGGAGAGACUGCAGCAGCAGGAGAGUUUCCACAUAUGGUAGCUCUUGGGUUUGAUCGAGGCGAAGGUUAUAUAUUUGACUGCGGCGGAGCGUUGGUUUCCAGUACAUAUGUAAUCACAGCAGCGCAUUGCGUCAAUACCAAAGACAUGAUCCAACCCAGUAUAGUUCGUGCCGGCGUUGUGGAGAUCGGAGGUAGAGAUUUUAAUGAAGAGACUGAUAUAAGAAUACGGAAUAUAAUCUCACACCCUGAAUACACACGUCGGCAAAAGUAUCACGACUUAGCGUUAUUAAGAUUGGAGAAACCUGCAAGGUUUUCAAGCACUUUAAAUGCUAUCUGUCUUUACACAAGUAGCGAAGAUCCUGAUAAAGCUUUAACAAUAACAGGCUGGGGGAAGACCAGUACUUCACGUGACAUUAGGAGUGAUGUUCUACUAAAGACGAAAGUAUCAAUUGUGCCGCGGGAUAAAUGCAGUAGGAAUUACACAUCGGACAAAUGGCGCAAGUUGCCAAACGGAAUCACCAGCGGACAGCUGUGCGCCGGCGACGCCGACGGGCUGCACGACACCUGCCAGGGUGAUUCAGGCGGCCCGCUACAAACUACCGAACCCGUCUAUAGUUUAGUUGGCGUGACGUCCUUUGGAUCCGGUUGCGGCACGCCCGUUCCUGGAGUGUACACGCGCAUAUCUCAUUAUUUAGACUGGAUAGAGAGUGUAGUGUGGACGAAUUAAAUAUGUUAUUUAUAAAUACUACUAGUUAAAUUACUAUAGCAAUAAAAUUUAACAAAGGCCA